ACAGAGGGGUUGAGAAGUACCAACUAAAGCUGAACAUAUCUCUGAACUUUGAAAAAUUCUGCUUCUUUCCCCUUUGUCUAAAGCAAAGCAGAAUCUCUUGGAAAAGAUGGUACUGGAAAAUCUGAAUCCAAUGCACUGCAACAUCACCAGCUUAGUACCAAAUGCAAUGCCAGUGGCCACAGUGCCCAUUGUUAUUCUCAUGUGCUUUCUGUUUCUACUAUGGAAUCAUGAAGAAACUUCAUCAAUACCAGGGCCAGGAUACUGCAUGGGCAUCGGUCCCUUAAUUUCACAUGGGAGAUUUCUCUGGAUGGGAGUAGGUAGUGCCUGUAACUACUACAAUAAGACAUAUGGAGAAUUUGUGAGAGUUUGGAUCAGCGGUGAAGAAACAUUUAUAAUUAGCAAAUCUUCAAGUGUGUUCCAUGUAAUGAAACACUGGCAUUAUGUUUCUCGAUUUGGAAGCAAGCUUGGAUUACAGUGCAUUGGCAUGUAUGAAAAUGGGAUCAUAUUCAAUAAUAACCCAACACACUGGAAAGAAAUUCGACCCUUUUUCACCAAAGCUCUGUCGGGUCCUGGUCUUGUGCGCAUGAUAGCAAUUUGUGUUGAAUCAACAAUUGAUCACCUGGAUAAACUACAUGAAGUAACCACUGAAGAUGGAAACAUCAACGUGUUGAAUCUUAUGAGACGGAUCAUGCUUGACACAUCUAACAAACUUUUUCUUGGGAUCCCUUUGGAUGAACAUGCCAUUGUACUUAAGAUUCAAAACUACUUCGAUGCUUGGCAAGCACUUUUAUUAAAACCUGACAUCUUUUUUAAGAUUUCUUGGCUGUGUAAGAAAUAUGAAGAAGCAGCCAAGGAUUUGAAAGGAGCAAUGGAAAUAUUAAUAGAACAGAAACGACAAAAGCUUUCCACUGUUGAAAAGUUGGAUGAACAUAUGGAUUUUGCAUCCCAGUUGAUUUUUGCACAGAACAGAGGAGAUCUGACUGCUGAGAAUGUGAACCAGUGUGUGCUGGAGAUGAUGAUUGCUGCUCCUGAUACUCUGUCUGUGACUCUCUUCUUUAUGCUGAUAUUGAUAGCAGAGCACCCCACAGUGGAAGAGGAGAUGAUGAGAGAAAUUGACACUGUUAUGGGUGACAGAGAUAUACAGAGUGAUGACAUGCCAAACUUAAAAAUUGUGGAGAAUUUUAUUUAUGAAAGCAUGAGAUACCAGCCAGUUGUGGACUUGAUUAUGCGAAAAGCUCUACAAGAUGAUGUGAUUGAUGGUUAUCCUGUGAAAAAGGGGACAAACAUUAUUCUCAAUAUUGGACGUAUGCAUAAGCUGGAAUUCUUUCCAAAGCCAAAUGAGUUUUCUCUUGAAAAUUUUGAGAAAAAUGUUCCUUCACGCUAUUUCCAGCCAUUUGGAUUUGGCCCUCGGGGCUGUGUAGGAAAAUUUAUUGCCAUGGUUAUGAUGAAAGCAAUUCUAGUGACUCUUCUGAAACGCUGCAGAGUGCAGACAAUUAAAGGAAGAGGCCUUAACAACAUCCAGAAGAAUAAUGACUUAUCCAUGCACCCAGUAGAAAGACAGCCUCUGCUGGAAAUGGUUUUCUCACCUAGAAGACAUCCAAACAACAUUCAGGGUAACUAAAAGGGAUCAGCAUCAGUAUUAAAGGUAGAGGUUUUCUCAGCAACAACCCCGAAGAGACAUCCAUCAUUCCUAGGUAAAGAUACAGAGUACAAUAAUUUUUGCCCUAAAUGACUACUGCUUCACAGGAUGACUUGUUCUGCCUGCACAGCCAAACCAGGUUCUGACUACAACUUUCAUGUAAUCAAGACUAAAAUUACAAAAGUUAUGCUUUGUUUUUUCAAACAAUGCAAGUUCAGUGGUUUGGGAGUCAACAAAAGAAUAUGCCUGAGGUGUGCUUAAUUCCAGGACUACGUUUGUCCCCUUUCCCACCACCUCCCCAGAGUUGGACCUAGCAGUAUUUAACUCCUGCUAUUUUUUGUGAAUAUCAGAAUAAAUAUUAUUAAAGUUGAUUUUAAGACUAUGAAAUAAUUUAAAAUGUGUAGCACACAUAUGGGUUUGCUCAAGUCAUCCAAACAUUUUUCUUCACUGUGUUUUGCUGUCAUUUUAAAAACGGCUACCAAAGACUGACUUACUGAUGGUGGCAGUCUUCACAGUGCUAGGUAACGGGAUGGCCUCUUGCUACAGAGCAUGGUACAGAGGAUCUGUAAACAUCUUAGUGAAGACCAGAUGCGCGAGUAAGGUAAUGAAUACAAAACAUUACUAAUUGGCUAGUAUUACACAUGUUGUGGGGGCAACACUCAGCUCCACCUUCUCUGGUGAGUGAAAUUUCCCAUUUCAUCUCACUUUAGUAAAGCCCAAAUAUUCUCCAGUACUAAUCCUGUUUCAGUCUGGUUUUAAUUAUUCAAUUCUAAUUUAGACACUAAGAUUAUAAGUUGUUGACCAUGUUUCUACACCGCAGAAGAGGAGAAACUCCCUAAUUAUCCACAUAGCUUUUACUGCUAUUCCUGAAAGAGGACUAGGCUGCAUCCUCCUUUCAAGCAUCUUGCUUCAUGCCUACUGGAGUAAAGAGAUUCAAUAGUGUAAGAUGAGAAUUACUGGCUUGAAAGGUAGUUUGGUUUGUUUGGAGGGAUUUUUUGAAGGUAGUAUUAGCUUCAUUCAUCUACUCCAGUAAGAUGCAAACUUCCUUGAGUAAAUGUUCAGUUUUGUAGUGGCAAAGUUCUGAAAUAAAAGGCAGAUCUAUAGAAAAUAUCUUUUAGGGUAGUUGCAUACAUGAAUUUUGAUUGUAAUUAUAAAUUAGGCUUAUUUUUUCACAUAGCCCUGAAUAGGAAAGCUACAGAACUACCCAUUUCUUGUUGAAAGUGGACCUAUCCCAAAAUCUGCAGAAUCUUGACAUUCUUGACAUUCAUUGAUAUCUCUACUAGCAUAACAAUGUAUUGUUCAUUUGGUCAAAAAAAACAAACAAACAACUUCCUGGCUUAAUGGCAAUAUUCCUUGACCGAGACUUUCCGUUUUCAGAAAGUCUGAGUUUUCAUAGCAUGUAACAUAGACAAAAGGGUUUUCUGGAUAAAGUGCCUUGAUAAAGCCAGCCAACCAAUGUAUAACAGGCUUUAUAUUAACCUUUUCUUCCAAGCUACUUCAACUAUAAAAAGAAAAAAAUUGAAAAAUUGCUUAGAUUCUUACUGAGAAAAUCUCAUUCAUGAAUUAAUCUGUUUCCUCAGACCAGUGCUCUCAGGUGCAGGUCCAGAAGAGGAAGAUCUAUCUAUCUCUAGAGUAAUUUAAAACAAACAAAUAAAGGAAACUAAACCAACCAACAACAGCAAAACAAACAAAAAAACAUACACACAAAUAACAAUCAAGCUUGAAAGCAGAAUUAUUUGUUGUAGCUAAGUUAGUUUUGCCUGUAAAUACAGACAAAAUUGGGCAUCUAACAUGUAUAGAUGUAGUAUUUAAUGGUUAGACUCAGUGACCUUAAAGGUCUUUUCUGAAUGAAUUGACACAAUGAUUCUAGGAUUUCUCUUUAAGUCAUGAAGUGACAUAGUGAUAUGGAAUGGAACCUCCAUUUGUACAUUCUUUAUAGUCUGUCUUUAAACUAGGUAAUGGUUAGAAUGGUUAGGAAAAGGAAAAACAACAACAACCAACCAAAGAAAAAUAAUUUUAAACCACCCUCUGAUUAAAUGACAUUCCUGCCCAUUCUGUAUUGUAAAGCACCAAAAAAAGUUACUUCAACAGACACACAUUUCUCAUUUGUAUAUUUUAAAAAGAUAUCUAUUGUAGGGUCUUUUCUAAGGGAGAAUAAAAUCCUAUUUUAUAUCAUAGAAUCAUAGAAUCAACCAUGUUGGAAGAGACCUCCAAGAUCAUCCAGUCCAAACUAUCCCCCAACCUUCUCCGAACACCUAGGCCAUGACACUAAGUGCCUCAUCCAGUAUUUUCUUGAACACCUCCAGGAAUGGGAACUCCACCACCUCCCUGGGCAGCCCAUUCCAAUGGCAAAUCACUCUCUCUGUGAAGAACUUUCUCCUAAUAUCAAACCUAUACCUCCCCUGCCCAACUUGAGAUUGUGUCCCCUUGUUCUGCUGCUGGUUGCCUGGCAGAAGAGACUAACCCCCACCUGGCUACACCCUCCCUUCAGGUAGUUGUAGACAGCAAUGAGGUCAGCCCUGAGCCUCCUCUUCUCCAGGCUAAACAACCCCAGCUCCCUCAGCCUCACAGGGCUUGUGUUAGAGGCCCCUCACCAGCUUUGUUGCCCUUCUCUGGACACGUUCCAGUACCUCAACAUCUCUCUUGAAUUGAGGAGCCCAGAACUGGACACAGUACUCAACUAUAGUCUCAUCUUCACUUAUUUCACACAUUAAAAUAUUUUAAAACUGAUAAUUUACUCCCUGAUUUUUCAUGUCAUAAUUCUAGCUAUCUCCCAGAGUAAAAUUUUUCACAAGGUUAAAAUUAUUACUUUCAUCAUUCAAAUUUUGAAAUAAUUAUACAAAAUCAUGUAGCUAUAUGGAAAAUGCAUGCUGCUCUGAUUUGUUUAAUGUAUUAUGUAUCCUGAAUUUGUAGGCUGGAAUUUCAGAACCACAAUUACUGUAAUUAUUCUAUGGAAGAAAUAAAGCAGUUUCAGCUUUUACUUUUUGUAAGCAAGCCUGCAGAAUAAUUUCCCAUUGUAUUUUACAUAUAUGCUUUCUGAUAUGUUUUGUACAGUGUCUCUGGUCGUCAAAUUUCUACAGUCCUUAGUUUUAUCCACAUUUGGACUAAAGACCUGUUAAUGAAAAUGAGCUGUUGGCUAACCUGAGCCCCACUCUCCAUAUAAUUUUUAUGGCUGUUACGCAGUGGUCUAUUUGCAUGAUUUGCACAAUACUUACAUAUCUGAGAACUGCAGUUAGUGGUGUUUCAAAGCUUGCCAUGCAGAUAUAAACAGUUUAAUUUUUUUCAAUGUUUAUAUGCCAUUGUACAAAACAAAGCUUUGAUUUUAAAUGGUGUUUUAUUACCAGGUACUGUAAAAAUUUAAGUCUAUCAUCAAGUGACUAUUCCAUUAAUGUUCAAUACAUCAACAUAGAUCAGACUUGAAGACUGUAUUUUACACGUUGCUGUGAUUUUGGGCUGCUCAUAGCACAUAAAUGUAGAUAUUGUUGAAAAUAAAAUAAUCAUCAAAUAAAAGUUAUAUGCGCAA